AUGAGCAUAUACGACCCGCUGGGACUCCUGAGCCACUACACGAUCCGAGCGAAGAUCAUUCUUCAGGGCCUAUGGCGUCUUAAGUUGCCAUGGGACGAGCCGAUCCCGGAAGAAGAAGCCGGACAAUUUAUGAGCUGGUUGGCACAGCUGGAAGAGGUCGCCCGGCUACGACUACCACGAUGCUACGAGAUGAAGAACCAUCAGCGCAUCGAGCUACAUAUCUUCUGCGACGCCAGCGAGCAAGCAUACGCGACGGUGGCCUACUGGAGGAUAGUGCGCUGCGACGGAAGCAUCGGGGUCACUCUGGUUGGCGCCAAGUCAAAGGUGGCGCCGCAGCGAACACAAACGAUCCCGCGACUGGAACUACAAGCCGCCGUCAUCGGAGUGAGGUUGGCCGACACGCUGAAAAAGGAACACCGCAUCAAGAUCGACAGUGUCACCUACUGGACGGACUCAGCGACGGUGAUACACUGGGUGCGGAACGACGCUCGGCGCUACACCCCAUUCGUGGCGCACAGGCUGAGCGAGAUCGCAGAGCUCACCCAGAAGGACGAAUGGCGAUGGCUCCCCACUACACACAACGUAGCCGACGACGCCACAAGAUGUCAUGGGACUACAAUCAGCGUGAACGACCGCUGGUUUCAGGGGCCAGACUUCUUAUACGAGUCACCGGAACACUGGCCCGCUGAACAGUCAUCGCACAUCGAGGAGGAAGACGUCCUUCACACUGGGACACGCGAUGGACAGAAGGAGGACUGGCUACCUGACCCUGGUCGAUUCUCCAAAUAUGAAACACUGAUCAGAGCGGCGGCACGGGUACUGGCAUUCAUCGACAUGUGCCGCAAGAAGACAAAGAACCUGGAAGUGGAGCACUUGGAACGCGCCGAACGAGCACUCCUGCAAAGAGCUCAGCGUGAGAGCUUUGGCGCUGAAAUAGAACGGAUCCAAGCAGGGCGCUCCAUUCCCAAGACAAGCCGCCUAUACAAGCUAGACCCGGAGCUACAAGAUGGGAUCCUGCGUGUUCGAGGUCGUAUCGGAGCCGCGACCGUUCCAGAACAUAUGAAGCGGCCAAUCAUCCUGGACGGCCGUCAUCACCUGACCAAGUUGCUGGUGCUGAGGGAACACUGCGCCGCCGGCCACGCCAACCGGGAGCGCGUGACCAACGACCUACGACAACGAUACUGGAUCAUACAUCUGCGACCAACAGUACGCGCUGUCGAGCAUGCCUGCGCACUCUGCAAAGUGCGGCGAGCCAUGCCGCGAGCACCAGCGACGGGGAAUCUACCGCAAGCCCGACUGGAACCAUUCCACCGCCCCUUCACGAACUGCGGAGUGGACUACUUCGGCCCAAUGAUGGUGAAGAUCGGACGACGACGAGAGAAGAGGUGGGGCGCGCUCUUCACAUGCCUCACCACGCGAGCUAUACAUGUCGAGCUCGCCGCCUCCCUCUCCACCGACUCGGCGCUAAUGGCGUUGCGGCGUAUGGCCGCACGCAGAGGAUGGCCCCGCGUCAUCUACUCGGACAACGCGACGAACUUUCGCGGAGCAGAUCACGAGCUGAAGGCCGCCUACAGGGAAUGGGCGCCCGCACUGCAACAAGAAGGGAUGCUGCACAGAACGGAGUGGCGGUUCAUCCCACCUGGAGCGCCUAACCAGGGAGGAGCUUGGGAACGCAUGGUGCGCUCAGUGAAGGCGGCACUAGGCGCUGUACUUAAGGAAAAGGCGCCACCGGAGGAAGUGCUACAGACGCUGCUAACGGAGGUGGAAUUCUCGGUCAACGCCCGCCCCCUCACUCAUGUCAGCGUGGACCCGAACGACCCGGAGGCCCUCACACCCAACCACUUUCUGUUGGGAGGAUCCAUGGGGCUGCCAACCACCGGACCAUGCGACGAAGCCGACCGACGAGCUUGGCGAGCAAGCCAGGCCCUCGCCGACCAUUUCUGGCAACGCUGGCUGAAGGAGUACCUGCCGACACUGGUACCUCGAGGCGAGCCUACGAACAACGACGCCGGGCUGAAAGAAGGAGACAUCGUAGUGGUAGUUGACCCGACACUGCCACGAAACGUCUGGCCAAUGGGGGAGGUGAUUCGGACCUUCAUCGGACCUGACGGCGGGAUACGAGUCGCCGACGUCAGAACCAGAACGGGAAUCUUCAGGAGACCAACGAGGAAGCUCGCCGUGCUGAUCAAGAAGGAGGCUUCGCAAGCUACGCCGGGGGGAGAGAUGUAG